CACUUUCAGGCUAAUUUUAACCAAAUUUAGCUAGCAGAGUGGUGGUUUGUGUCGACGUACCUGUGAUAAUCGAGGAGCUGUGUAAAUGAAAAUAAGAAUAUGUUUUAAAAAGCUUUUGGAGCCGACCAAAGAAUAGUUCAGAUUAUUUUCUUGUGUGUGAAGCCAAUCAAAAGAGUGUCGUCUUAGAGAGGUGAUGAUGAUAUUGAUGAUAAUGAUGAUGGACAUUCCUGUAAUGGUUUCCUGAAGAGUUCUGUCGUGUACUAUUUCUGUAUAGCUAUAGAUAUAUUAGAUCAGAUAGCCUGUACUAUAACAGGCAAGUAAUCUUGAGAUAGGAAUUCAAGUUCACAUAUAUGUAAACUUAAACUCGUAUGUUAUCUCAAGAUUUGAUGAGUUACAUGGCUGUUUAUUUUCCUGCAUGUGUGGCAUUCAUCUUCUGAGCUUUGGGCAGUUUUUCCACUGCCAUGUUUUUCCAUGUUUCAAGAGUUGUACAUUCAAGCACUUUAGGGUUGUUUUUGGAGUCUGGUUCUCUGUUGAAGUAUAGCAUGGUGUGAAGUACCUAACUCUAAAGUAUGAGCUAUUGGUUGUUGGGACGCUGCCCAUCACUGAUAUCAUCCAUCAACCAAAGUGUAUUUCCAUUUAUCAGGUUUCCAACCUCACAUCCAUAAAUUAGUCUUCAGGCUCUACACAUUGUUUAAGACCCUAAGGCCUGUUCUUCUGUAAGCACUUGUGCAGAUACAGUAAUCUCAAGAGCAGGGGAUAUUUAUUUUCUAGAGGUAAUAUCAACAUAGUGUAGUGCAAAGUCAGUCUGUUACUUAAACAUACUGAAUUUUGUCAGAGUGAAAAGGGCUCAAUAGCCAUAACAAAGCCAGUUGGCUUUAUUUAUGUGCUGAACGGCCAGUACUCCAGCCUCUCGUUUCGUGAGCGGUUGAGUCAAGAGGAACAGGAAUGAGGAUUUUAGAUCGGAUCAGGCCUCCGAGUCUUAGCGAGGCAAGAGGAACUGAAUACUUUUUCUUUAUUCUAGAGUCGGAGUGUGUGGCUGAGCCAGCUUGCAUCACAUGGGUCAGCCAGGGUUCACGCGAAACCACGUCAUCAUCAGCACUGACAUCAGCCUCAUAAACGUUAGCUGGACCCCUAGUGGUGCACGUACCUAACACACUGAUGUUCACACAGGGCUGCGGUAUUACUCCACACAUCUGGAGGACAUGUGGUCAGCGUCAUUUCAUUUGGUGCACAAAGCCAGUCGUUUGUGGCAUAAGUCUGGAUUUUUAAUGGGUAUCUGCUUUGAUAUUGCAACCAAAUGAAUGCAGGCCUCCUUCGAUCUUCUUCUUAGACCCAUGUAGCCCCUGGCACAUGUCAUAAAAGAAAACAUGGACAGGCACAGAGUGUUCUGAUCUGAACCUUGUUUUAGGAGAGGAUGGUGGGGGGGUGAUCCAGGAACAAUCCCCCAUGCUACAACCUCCUUGUCCAGCAAGCCUACAGGGAGCGUGAGUCCACGCUAAUCCCAGCCCCCCUGUGCCGCCCCCGGACAGUGCCGUUUCCCAGGCCUCGUUCUCACAGCAUUUGGGUUUAUUUUCGCCAGGAUGAGUCACAGCCCCACUCAGACGUAGUGGAAGUUCUCUUGGGACCACAGCAGGCUAGGGUGUGCUAGCCCCUUCUCUGCAGACCAUUCAGAGUAAGACUGAACCCUGUGAAGGCUUGCAGUCCUGCAGCUCAGACUACAGCAGAGACGCACUCGGGAGCAGCUUGUGGACCAGGGCAUCAUGCCACCACUGAAGACUCCUGCUGCCUUUCAUGAGCAGAUCCGAAGCCUAGAGAGAGCCAGGACUGAGAACUUCCUGAAGCACAAGAUUCGUAGUAGACCUGAGCGUGCAGAGCUGGUCCGCAUGCACAUCCUCCAAGAGACCCAAGCAGAGGCCUCACUGCAGGCCACCCAGCUGAAGCUGAAGAGGGCUCGACUGGCCGAUGACCUCAACGAGAAGAUCGCCCAGCGGCCUGGUCCAAUGGAGCUGGUAGAGAAGAACAUCCUACCUGUAGACUCUAGUGUUAAAGAGGCCAUCAUUGAGGGUGAGGUGAACUAUCAGAAGACCCUGGACGUGUAUAACUUUGAUGAGGAUAGUAGUGAAGCUCUGUCUCCAGAGGAUCCAGCCAGUCAGGAGUCUCAGUGCUCAGUCCCAUCCCCAAGAGAGGCUAAGCUGCCUGACAUUUCUUCUGCUUCCCAAAGCCCUGGUUCCAAUCUGCAGCUCUGUCCACCUACGACCCAGAGCGCAGAGUUCUUCAGCCGAACGUCAGCAGAGGAUCAAGCAAAUGCUCGCCUCACAGCUGCUCCUCAGCCAGCCACCACUGCUGCCCCCACCAAAUCUGGCCCCACCCUUUUGAAGCAAAGUCAGCCCAGGCUGCCCAGCGAGAAGAGCCGCAGCAAAAAGAGCAAAGAGCCCAAGCCGAGGGUGAGGAAGCUCAAAUACCACCAGUACAUCCCACCAGACCAAAAGCAGGAGCCCAAUGAGGCCCCUAUGGACUCGGCCUAUGCCCGACUGCUCCAGCAGCAGCAGCAGUUCCUGCACCUUCAAAUCCUCAGCCAGCAGCAGCAGCACUACAACUAUCAGGCCAUCCUACCUGCGCCUCUCAGGCCUGUAGCUGAGGCUCAGAGCAGCUGCCCUAGUGUGGCCCUGGGCAACAGCCAGGCUCUGCCUGCUCCGAUUGUAGUGUCCAUGCCCAGUGCUGCACCUACACGCCCCAACCAUGCCAUGAACAACCGAAAGCCUGGCCCUCUGCCUGCCAACCUGGACGAAAUGAAGGUGGCUGAGCUGAAGAUGGAGCUGAAGCUACGUGGCCUUCCUGUCUCUGGCACCAAGACGGACCUCAUAGAGAGGCUGAAGCCCUACCAGGAGAGCGCCUCUGCCACCACCACCCAGCCAGCUGCAGCUGUAGACACUAUCGCUCCCCCAGCCAGCCAGCAGCCUGACAGCAUGAGCACAACUCCCCCUGUGUCUCCUGCGCAGUCAGAGGUGACCACUGCCCCUAUGGAGGAAGCUGUAGGGGACAGCAGUGCUAAAGCAGCGGCAGCCCUACCUCCAGUUCGGCCAGCAGCAGGUUCAUCACCCCUGAGGGCAGAAGACAUGGAGACCAAAGUGUCUGAUAAGGACCAGCGGCUCCACGAGAAGGAGCGGCAGAUUGAGGAGCUGAUGCGCAAGCUGGAGCAGGAGCAGCGUCUAGUGGAGGAGCUGAAGAUGCAGCUGGAGGUGGAGAAGAGGAGCCAGCAAGGAGCAGCAGCACAGCAGAAUGACCCCAGCCCUCCAGCCCAUAUCAAAGAGGAGCGUGAUGCCUCCCCCAGCUGUGGCUCGAUGCAUGGUCCCAUGCCGGUGUCCCCAGCUGGGCUGAAACAGGAGGAACCCCAGGCACAGGUGCACAUGGCCCCACUGCAGCAGUUUUAUAUGAGCCCUCCACAGCAGCUGCCCCAGACCACCCUCACUGCUCAGCCAGGCCCCCAUAUCCUGCUGCCCACUACCAUGCACCUGACCAACAAGUCCACCACACCACAGACACAGUCAGUUCUUCAGACCACAGUGUCUGGCUCAGCCCAAAUGCAAACUCCGCUCCUGAAGCCGUUGAAAACUGAGAGCACAGCAUUUCAGCAACAUGCAAAUCAGACACAAGCCACUCCACAGACGAUGCCACUGUGCAGCGGCUCAGGCUUCCAGCCAGGCCAGCCCAUGACUGAAGUUCCCCAGUGUUUCAUUAGCAGCUCCCAGGAGUCCUGCUCACCCAGAGUCUCUCCCAGACACUCAGCCAUGAAUGGACUCACCAAACCUCCAUCCCCUUGCCAGCCCACCUACAUCCUUCCACCCUCUACAUUCACCAACCACCACAGCCCCAAGAGCAAAGACCCACCUCGCUAUGAGGAGGCGGUCAAACAGACAAGAGCACUUCAGGCUACUCUUCAGGUUCCCACUGCAACCAGUCAGCAUAUGGAUGACUUGUUCGACGUGUUGAUUGAGAGUGGAGAAAUCUCCCCCCUGAUCAGGCAGGAUCCUCUCUCAGGGGACAAGCUCCUGCCCGUGACAGCCAGCAUUACUACGCUUCCCAUCAACACGGCACUGUCCCGGCCUCCGCCGCAAGUCCAGAUAGCCCACCCACCUGAGCCUCCACCUAGCCUGGUUGCGCUGGCCACGGACCACCAGCUGGAGGCGCUGCUUGAGGGCACGUUGUCGGCCGACGCAGAACCCCGCACUUUACGUCUGAUGGAGGAGCUGCACAGCCACCUGCUGGAACGGCCUCAUUCUCCAAUGGACACAGACGAACUGGCCUUCUCCGACUCCCCACCCCCGUCCCUCCACCUGAACGACACCAACCUGGACAACAUGGAGUGGCUGGACCUGACAGCGCCCGGACCCACAGGCAUCUCCGCCUCCACUGGAGUCUUCUCCUCUGAUUUCUUGGACUCUCAUGACUUAAACUGGGACUGAAGAGAGAGCUUCUGAAGUGAACCAUGGUCCAGGUAGACAAUCAGGGGCAAAAGUUGAAUUGUCUAAGUUUCAAGAAUCUCAAGGGAACACUUGUGGAGGAGGAGAAGCAGAACAGACAAGAAGGAGAUACCAUUGGCUUGAAGAGAGAACAGAGGGAAGGAAUGGACUAGUGGCCUGGGUUUAAAUGAUUGCAGAACUGGGUGGUGGUCUGCCGGAGGUUGUAGAUACGGCUGAACGUCUGUUAAUGGUUCUCUGGACAUCUAGGUCAUAGACAUUGAUCAUGAGUGCUUCAGUUACUGCUCUUUUCAUCUGGGCCUGAUAACCGUGGUCAAAAACCAGGUAUUAUGAACACCGCUGACUAUCUUUCAAGACAAAGAAAGAAUGUGGGACAUUUUGUAAAUUAUUUUCCAAGCUUCUCAAGUUAGUUUUGUUACUCUGUUUUUCACAUUGCUUUGGCAGCUUUCUUAUAACAUUUGAAGAAUGUUUUAGAAUUACGGCUUAGCAUGUUUCCUUAAAAAAAAAAAAAAACACAAAAAAACAGAUUCUGUUACACUCCGUUCUAAGGAAGCUGAGGAAAUGAGAUUAGAAGUAAAUGGCACUAUUUAUUUUUGUGCCUUUAUUAUGAACCAUGUCCAGAAACAACUAAUUAUUGUUUGUUAACAAUGUAGCCAGCACAUGGGCAUUUAUACAGAAAAUGUGGCACCUAGCCUUUUACAUUAGCAUCAUCUAGUCCCUCAUUUGGCUUUGAGGGAACCCUGUCAUUGAAACUUAAAAUGCCAAAGCACUGAAUGCAUCCUCACUGGUUCUUUUUCUGUGAAUGCCAUAGGCUUCUGGUUUGUAGCAAGUCAGAGAGGGCAAGCUAGAGAGAGAAAUCUGUGCCAGCGUGACCCUCAGUUUGUCAGACAUACAGUGCUUCAGGCGACCAGCGAGCAUGUCCUUCUGGAAGCCAGCGUGUGGACAGGGGAUGGGUCACAGUGAGUUUGUUUACCAAAGCCAGCAUGAGGCCACUGUACAGAGAAGCGCAUAGUCUACUGCUCCCACAGGCUUGCCAGGCCAUUAUCAUCACGGACAAAAGGGAAAUAGAACAGCAUCGCCCUAACCUCCACCUUUUUUUGGGUGCAGAGGGCACUCACUCCACCAUACAUUCAGCUGAAACCAGUAUUCAUGGCAUUGUGUGUUUUGAGCAGGACCCACAUUUACUGAGCAUCAAAACUGUGUCUGCCAGCAUUUAUGAGAGCAGAAAGUAAAUAAUUAGUGCACUUGUGGAAAAAGCACUAACGGUUUUAUGAAUUUGGCAUGAAGGAUGGGCUGCUAGUGUUAUUUACAUGCUGAUGUAGAACUAGGAAGAUAGGUAAGCCUGGGUGAUGUGACUUUUGUUUUAUGCUUCCAACUGAGAUGUGAAGGUGUUAAAUAUAAAAUGGCCUUCAGCAAUCUUAUCACCCUAACCGCAUCAAAAAAUGCCUUUGUACUGUUACUUUUUGAUAAAUGUGAAAAUGGCGACACCUUCUGGCAAUACUGAGAACUGGCAGCUGAAUGAUUUGGAGUGAAUUGUUCUUUUUGUGCAUCUUUUUAGAUACACUGUGUAAUUCAGGAUUUAGCUUUGAUUUGGCUUGGCAGCUGUCCGGGCACAUUUGCAGUGCACUGGCCAUGAUCCGUUGACUGAAAAGGCCACUUAAGUUCCCCAGGGUUUCUUGAUAAGUAGUGCCAAAAAUGUAGCACUUUACCUAACUCUAGAAUACAUUUACUGACAAUCAUUUCACUAUUUUACCACACCCUCAGACAAAAGAAUGUAUUUUAUCACUAAAGAGAUAUAAUUCAGCCCUUUGCCAAAGAUGGAACGCUCUUUAACCAGGCACAUGUAGCUUUUUAUUUGCUGCUUUCUCAUUCAGUCAUCAAAAAUGUACAUUCAUGGAAAAGUAAAGCCUUUCAAAAAGAAUUACUUUGUGGAAAAUGUUAACAGGCAUCAAUGGCUCUAUCACUAACUAGAUCAUCCACAUGAUGGAUUUAGUUCAGACUCCUCUGUAAACUUUUUUUUAAACAGUGUACAUUUGCAUUUCACUGACUUGAUCUCAGAUCUCAGAUUUUUGCAUGCUAUUGAUAAUUCAUGUUUUUGUGCACAUUUACACCAUCAGCAUACAAUGAAUAGCUUCACACUUGGUGCUGACUGUUGUCUAGUCAGUGCUACCUGUCUUAAUCACACAGUCAGGGAUGUUAUAGCAACUUCAUGACGGCCUUAGUGAAAUUCUGAAGUAUAGAAAUAAAAGAGUCAAAUAGUCCUCUGAAUGUAAGAACCAUAGACAAUUCCAAAACUACACCAAUAAGCUGUAAAGCAGGUGCUGCUGUUUAUGCUUACAGCUGAAGAAUUGUAGAUAGAAACAUCUACAAUUUUAAACCAAAUUUUAUCUGCAAGGUGUACUGUUCAGUAGGAAUAUAGCAUACAGCUGAGGCUUUAAAGGGGAAUUACACAGACUUCUUUAUUUCUGCAUAAUUAAAUUGAUAAGAUGUAAGCAAUGUCACUCAGAGUGUUUCAGAGUGGAUGUGAAGAUGGCAUUCCAAAGAAAUGCCAAGUCAGAAUCUAUCACGGUGGUGAUGAUAAGAACCAGAGUUUUUACCAAACACAUUGUUUUACAGUAGUUUGAAAUAAAGUUAGAGUCUAAAACAUUUAAAUCUAUUGAUGGAAGAGAGGUUCAUUCUGGGCAUUACACUGCAAAGUAGUACCCACAGAAAACCUAUGCUUUUAGGACUUAUCACAGAUUUAUCAUUAUCAGCAUAAGAUAAAAACUCAAAAGACAUGUCAGUUCACUGCUUGUUUUGGAAAGCAGAUAUAAUGGCUAUAUUUGAGCUGCAGACAUUGUGACCCCUGGUUCCUGUCACCACUGCUGUAAGGAAAUCUGCUGUACAGUGGACCAUUUCCCACCAAACCACUCUGGAGAAUUAAAUUAUGCUGAACAUUUGAAAAAUCUGUAAAAUUCCCCUUAAGUCAGAGAUCAAAAAGAUCUGCUAGAUACACUGUUAACUGGUUACAUUUAAGGCAGUCUUCAUCCUAACCCAGAAUCUAGUGUUAGAUUUCCCAGAAGUUACAAAAUGUGCUUUAAAACAAUAUAAAAAGCAGCCUUUGAAGUCCUUGACCUGCAAUAGAUGUCAGAGUUGAUGUUAAAAUUGCUGUUGAUAUAAUUACAUAUGCCAUUGGAAGUGAUUACAUAUCCAACGGUCUUUGACCCUGAUGUGUGAAAACUAGUACAUGCUGGAAAAUAGGGAAUUCUUUUUCAACCUUUGUUGAUCUUUGCCAUUAGUGUCUGACCUGGUAGACUGUAAUACCAUAUCUUUUUGCACGGUGUAAAUAUUUAUUCAUUUUCUACAAAUGCAGCACAGCACAUGUGCAGCUGUAAAUAAUGAUGUUUGGAGUUUCCUUUGUACAUAUCAUUAUUGUAUAUACAGCCUUUCGUGUCAUUAAAAUGUUUGUGUACUUAAAA